UCUCUGGAAAAUCUCCCGUCUCUUUUCCCCCUUUCUCUUUUGCCUCUGUAGCAUCUCUCUCUCUCUCUCGCUCGCAUCAAGAUUGCAGCAAUGGAGAUAGUUGCGCCAAGAAACGCUUUUGGCGCAGUACAUGGCUACGGCGGCCGUGGGGGCAUCGGAGUAAGCCCACUCGCCGUACCGCUCCGCCGCCGCCGCCGGAGCGGUUGCUGCCGCGGCGGCUGCUGUGACGCCGUACGCUGCAAGCUGUCCAAGUUCCAAGAUUUUCAGGACUAUGCAAAACCUUCCCGUCUUUUUCCAACCACAGAGAUUAAGUUCUUCUCAGGACACUCAGAAGAAGAGAAAAUGAUGUUUGACGAUGUUGGCAAGUCUCAAUCCUUGUACAAGAUUAAGCUACAUACUAGUAGGAUGUAUGGUUCAGGUUUAACUGAUGCCAAUGCUGGAAUUCUGCUCUGCUUAAUCGAUGAACAUGGACAUUCGUUAUUACAGAGGCUAUCUGCAACUCCAAUGACUGAGUUUUCAGUGGAAUGGCAAGAGAAAGUUGAUCAUGACAUUCUCCACUUUCAAAGAGGUUCUGUCGAUGAAUUCACUUUUAAAGGACCCAAGCUGGGAAGACUUCAAGCUCUCUGGAUUAGUCUUGAAUCAGGCCAAUGGAGAUUAGGUGGUGUCACUCUCUCUGUUAUUCAUGCACAUCAACCGUCAUUGGAGGAGCACACUGCAAAAGAAAUACAGUUUGGGGGUUACCAGUAUGAUUUUGAAGCUGAGGACAUUUUAAUCGGGGAGGGAAGUGAUAGUUCCAUGAUCGAACUUAGACCUUCCCUUGUCACGGAAUCGUCUGGAGAUCCGUUCACCUUGUUGAGCAAUAGCACGCGGGAAUCGACUUCUCCUAGUCCUGAAAUGUCUAAUGAGGAAAGCAUGCAGGAAUAUGCAGAUCUGAAGCUUUCCUUGUUAGUCUACGAUGCCAUACUGGUCUCUGUCGGCACAACAGUUGCGUCUGUUUCAGCGGGUGAGAAAGCUGCUCUCGCAUUCUUAACUGGUGGGCUUGGAGGAUUUGUCUAUCUGCUGAUAUUGCAAAGAUCUGUAGACGAAUUGCCCACUCCGGCAACAAUCUCCAGGAACUCUGUUGAUCAAGCAGUUCGUCGGUUGAAGGGUCCCAUAACAACUCUGGCAUUGGCAGCAGCUGUUGUUUUCGGAGUAUUCAAGUACAGCUCAGGUCAGGCUCCUGCGGCAUUAACGUCGGAAGAGCUCAUUGCUGGGAUGAUUGGAUUUAUCGCGUGUAAAGUCGCAGUAGUGUUGGCCGCAUUUAAGCCCACAACAUUCAUUUUGAGGCGGGACGACUGAUCAACAGAAAUUAUUUCUCAUCUUUUAUAUUGUUUUAUAUUUUAUGUAAAUCCUCAAACUCAAAUGAACAUUCGAAUGUAAAGCUCUCUCAGAAGGAUUUUCCACCA